UGUAUCAUAUGGGGUUGUAUGUGACAAGAAGUAGGGUCGCCUGUCCAACCUCGUGGGUUUUCUCCGGGUCCUCCGUUUUCCUCCGACUGCUAAAGACCCCUACGCGCAAGCGAAUUAUUGAAAUAAAAUUGUUAGUCCCGAAAUUACCUAGUUUGUGUCGAGUGGACGUUAAACCACAUUUCUCUCUCUCUCUCUCUCUAGAGUUAUUGGCCUUGUUUCACUUUGUUCAACCUUGUUAAUGCUCGAUUGAUGAAAGUUAUCAUCUGAUAUGUAUGAAAUUUAUAUGCAUCAUUUAAAUUUGUGAAACAGAGGACUAUUGAAUUUCAGCAAUUUCUGUCAAUAAUUUCUAGAGUUAUGGCGGUUGUGAACCUUGUGAGCGUUUGAAUGACAAAAGUGAUCAUGUGAUCUGUAUGAAAUUUAUAUGCAUUAUUUAAAUUAGUAAAGCUAAAAAGCCUGUCAAAUUUCAACAAUUUUUGUAGAUUAUUUCCGGAGUUGAGACCCUUGUUUCAGUUUGUAGAACCUUGUGAACCCUCAAAUGGCAAAAAUUAUAAUCUGAUCUGUAUGGAACUGUCUUGUAAAGGCCUCCAAUUACCUACAAAGGAAUAAAUAUGUGACAACCCUUGUCGACCACUCGGACGAUUUAGCUGUUGUAGGCGUAUGUUUCGUUGCCUGGCAACCUAUCUUUUUUUCAGGAUGAUGAGAUGAGUGAGAGAAGAAUAGAUAAACAACUGGAAGCCGCUAAAUCAUCAUCUAAUGCUUUGAUUGGUUGUAAGUUUCAUCGUGUACCUGAAGAUUCUACGAUCAGAUUUACCAAAUGGGCCAAUAAUUUAACACCACAUCAACUGUAUACACAGAUGUAUACAUCACAUGGUCCAACGGUUGUCAUGCCAACAUGGUUUUGUAAACGAGGUGUGUUUGAUCGUGUUGGAGGGUUUGAUGAAGGAGGAAAGGGUGUACCGGAAGAUUUGAUAUUUUUUUAUCGUCAUGUAGAAAUGGGCGGUGAAGUUUAUCGUGUGGAUGAUGAUUUGAUGUUGUACAGAUAUCAUCCAGAUGCAGCAACAUUCUCAAUAAAACAGGAAACAAUUUGGAAGAUAAGAAUUGAUUUCCUAGAAAAACAAAUUCUAAGUCAUUGGCCAGAAUUCACUAUCUGGAAUGCUGGAAAACAAGGGAGGCGAUUCUUCCGAUCUCUGACGGACAUCAACCAAAAAAAGGUUUGUGCUUUUUGUGAUGUUGAUGAGAAAAAGAUCAAGAAGGCUGUUUAUAUUUAUGAAUACUCAAAGGAGAAAUACAAGCCAAGGAUUCCAAUCAUACAUUACAGUCAAGCUAAACCACCUAUUGUAAUCUGUAUCAAACUAGAUUUGACGUCUGGUGUAUUUGAGGAAAAUCUGAGAAGUUUGAAUCUUGAGGAGGGAAAAGAUUUCAUCCAUUUCAACUGAUGACAGACUGGCUGGUAUCAAGAGUGAAUCCAAGUCAAUCCCUGUAUAUCCUGCCGGCAAUUCUAAGAUGGAGCCGACCCCGUGUAGGAUGAGAUUUAUGUGGCCUGGGCAGUGACUCUAUUAGGGGUAGCCCGACUUUUGUAGCAAGCUUGUAAAAACCCUCUGACCAGUAGAAUGUUUACAAGGUUUUGUAUGUAGGCUACAAAAAAGUUUGAAUUCAGUAAACUGACCGAUAUUAUGGAAGAAAAUGGUGGCCUGACAACGGUAACAUCGAUAGGCACUGGAUGUCCCAUGCUAACAACUAGUCUUGGACCCCUGCAAGCGUCAACCAUGACAAGGGAAUCAGUCUUAAAAAAUGACGAAGGCUUCGUCCAAGGUCCUACAAGAUUUUGAUUUGAGUGUCCAAACUAUUACAACUGGAGAUAAUUUAAUAUAGAACAGUAGCGGUUCCCCCAUAAAAAUAAAGAUACUUUUUCUGAUUCACAACUCAACUUACAAAUCUCAAAGGUUCAUUGAUGGAAUUAUUGAUUGAAGAUGAAGGCCUGCUGAUCUACUGGUUCAGUUAUUAUAGUAAAUUCUAAUAAAACACUGAAUUU